GACGUUGAUUACUGACUGCCAUGGUAGCUGUCAAGCACACAUUUUGCAAGGAAUAAAUAAAGAAACUUAUGCAUAUUCGGACACCGAAUGAACAAGUUAUAGUCCCCCACAGUCUCCCCAUCAACUAACUCAGUAAGGAACAGUGUAGUUCUACUACGAGUGAAGAUUAUGGGCGAUAAGAACAAAGUUUUAGCCCGAUGGAGGACAUCUUUGACCAGAGGCAUCGGCCAUGAUUCAUGGGGUCAACUCGUUGAAGCCGUUGACGAGUAUCAAAUGCUUUCCAAACAGAUUCUAAGAGAGUCUUCGUUUAAUGCCACAUUGUUCAAUGACAAUCAAAAGAAAACGUUGUCCAAGGUCGCUGCAUGUUUGGCUCUUAGGAGCAAAGCUCUCCAGUCGCCUCAUGACACAGAUGGAUUUACGUUAGAGGAGCUCAAGAAAGUGGACUCGGCUCUUGAAACCCUACUCUCCGGUGCACAGACUGAGUUUCCAGUAGCUGUUCCAGCUGAGGCUGCUCUAUUCAGACCAACAACACAGACUGGUAACUUUGAGCUUGACUUGGAUGGAGAUGAGAUCGAUGAUGAUCAAGAGAAUGAGGAGUCGGGGGCCAAAACAGCAGCGGUGACAUCACCAGGAAUUAAACCAUUAGGGAAGUUGUUUCCGAUGAUUCCACAUGAGAAGGGAACGACCAAUCUGACAGUGAGAGUAGAGAAGAUCGGCUUAAAGAGCAUCUCAUCUUACCUAGAUCCCUUCAUCACAGUCUCCCUUAAAGAUAGUAAAGGUGUAGAUGUUACUAAAGCUCAAGAGACGCCAGUAUCGACAAAAAGAGAAGACCCUUACAUUAUGUUUGGAGUGGACGUACACAUGCAGAGACCAAUAGAAAAAAUGCCAAAGGGAACUGCAAUCUUCUUUGAGUUCAAGCAUUUCAAAGUGAAAAAGCGCACCAUCAGCACAAAGUGUUUUGCCUUCAUGGAAAUGGACGAGUUGAAACCAGGACCUGUCGUAAUUGAACUAUACGAGAAACCCACAGACUUCAAGAGGAAGAAAUUGUCUUUACUUACCACCAAGCCACUGUAUCUACAUCUGUAUCUCCAGCUCUUAACGGAUUAGUAAUGGACAACUCCUCUACAAACUACACGUGUAUAAAGCCAAACAGAUAUUCAACAUUCCUCCGUGGUGAUAUUUAGGCGAUUUUGACUCCGUCCAAACUACUCGGGGCCUCUGAGAUUAUCUAAGCUAAUAGGAUGAAUUGAACCCCCAAUUAUUAUGACUAUGAUGAAGUGACGAACCCCAAAGGACAACAGACCUUAUGCACAUGACGUCAUUUCAGUACGGUGCCCUCGCCUUAAGGUCAAAAGGAGGUUGUUCAUUGGCCAA